AUGGGCAACUCGACACUCACUUCACCUCUUUCUACUUCAUCGGAAAUGAAACGAUACAUUGAACGAGAUGAUCAUUUACUGAAAGCACAAGCAAUAGAAGAAGGCUUUCAUAAGGAGGGAAACUUGUAUAUCACUCGGAAUGGAAUAGAUGCAUUAUGGAACAAGUACGAUCAGGACGGAGAUGGAUAUUUACAGAAUGAAGAAAUUUCCCACUUCUUGCUUGAUUUCAUUCAUGCCAUUCACAACAGAAGUAUUGAAGAAUUAGAGAAUCAAAGACGGAUUAGAAAAUUAAAAGCCGGAGCAAUUGAUCCAUCUCUGAGUAAACGAUAUCAGGAACGGUUUGAACAAAUUUCCAUGCAAACAGAAUUAUUUAAAAGCAAAAUUGUAGAUUUGAAACGAGAUUUAGAUAAGGAUGGUGAUGGUUUGGUGAGCGAGGAACAAUUUAUUGAAUAUUUGGAGAAUUUUAAUUUGCUGUCAUGGAAGGAGCAAUUUAUAGGAGGUGAAAAUGUCAAGUUUGAUUUUCAAGAGGUCCCUUCAUUUUCUACCUCACCACCAGUGCAAUCCACACCUAAAAAAGCUACUCCUUCCUCUCCACGAUUUGGCUCUUCUCCUUCCUCUCCAUCAUCAUCAAAAACUAAAUUGUCAUCUUCUGCAGCUUCCUCAUCAUCAGGAAAGACUAUGAACUCGAGUGUUUCUACUCAGGAAUCUUCAAGAAGAGAAAAGGAAAUAGACAAGGAUGGAUAUGCUGUUUACAGAUUUGAAUUUUAUGAAAUUCGUUUGCCACCUUCAUGGAAGAAUGGUUUGGCAUAUCCAAGUGGUGUACCUAUUUUCAGUAGCCCUCUUGAAUGUGAUACGGUUAAAGAAGAUAUCUUAUGUACACAAAUAUUUACGAAAAAUUCAACAUUAGAAGAUCAAUUUAAGCGACUGCAAAAAGGAAGUAGUAAGGUGACAAAUUUUAAAGUGAUACAACCCAUGACAAUGAUUACUGAUAGAAAAAUACAGCCUUACAAGAAAGCAGCAUUUUGUAUUUUACAAUUCAACCAAACCCUACCUGUAAAUAAUGUAAUGUUAAACGUGGCUCUCUAUCAGAAGAUUGUAAUAAUUCAAGAUAACAUGGGACUUAUGCAUCAGCUGAAAUAUACAACUAAUUUAUUGACCAAUCAUGCAGAGGGAGAGGCUGUAUUCGAUCGAGUAAUUAGAGAAGGUAUCACUACAAAGUCACUUUUGGAAGUGGAUACAAAGGAAGUGAAACUAUCAAAAGAACUAAUCAUGAGCUAUCCUUCAGUUAUGCACAUGGAAGUUCAAGAUGGAUACGUUUUUAUGUUUCAUCCAGUCCAAAUUUUAUCAAACAACACUGAAAAAGAAAACUUUAAUGCAAAGAUUCUACUUCCACUCAAUUUUGAAGAACAAGUGCAAGGUGUAAUUUCUGAAAUUCUACAAUCACCAAAUGGAGUGCUCAUAUCAUCUGAAGAAAUUCGUGUUGGUGAAUUUGCAUAUCCAGCAAAACGUUUAGAAUUUUCCUAUCAACUAGAUACAUUCAAAAUUGGACAAAUAUGUGUAUUCGUGAAAAGUCCCUCGUGUCAUUAUUACUUUAGUUACACUUCUUCUCUUGGAAUGAUGAGUAGGGAUUUAUUUGACCAAUUUAUUAAGAGAUUAUCCUUCAGCAUUGUUGCACCUCAACUUGUUCAACAGCAAGCCAAUUGCAUGCCCAAAACAGUGAGUCAAAAACCUCCAACGACACCCAUUCUCUCUCCAGUUCGAGUGGAGAAUAUAAGUUCGACUUUCUCCAAUCGUUCUCAAAAACCUCAAUCCUCAUCGACAAUGUAA